GUUUCAUACGAUACGGUAUAGAACAUUAGUGAACACAUAAGAAGGAAGGGGUUGAUGAUGAUGAUAAUGACUGAUGAGUUUGCUGGUUAUAAUGAGUAGAGUGGAGAAAGAGGUUAAUUGGAGUCGUCUCUAUGGCCAUGGGCUGAAUUUGUUGCAAGGGAGGGGCCAACGAAAGCUCAGUGCCUCCCGAACCCAUCAUCUUGCCCACUCUCUUGUCGUUGUGGUGGUUGCACAAGUUAAACGAGCAAUUUUAGUUAAUUACAUUUUUUCAUCAAACAAGGGAGGCUGAGGAGGGUUAGUUCACGAAUUAAGUUAAUAAUUAGAAUUAAGAAUUUUAAUUUUAAUUUUAAUAUAUAUGGUUGUAGAAAAAACCAUUAGGAGGAAGAAAAAAAAAAAGAGAAAAAGGAAAUGGUGGGUUUUAUUUCAAGGGUGACUAUCAUACAGAUAUUAAGGUCGUGGGUCGCAGUUGGGAUGGGGGCUUGCCCCCCGCUUGGUGGCUCAUUGGGCCCACCGCCUCUCUGAAAGCCCAAGUGCAUUACUAGUUUACUACUGCUGCAUUUUCCUCAAAUCUUUUUGGAUAUGGGACCCACUUGUUCAGUACCAAACAUUUGUGGGCCUACCAAUUAGCUAGUCCCAAUAUUUUCUUUCCCUUCUCUCUUCCUUUUACUCUCUCAGGUCUCAGCCAUUUCCUUUAGGUGGUUGGGUGGUUUGCCUUUUUACUAGAAGGAUUGAGCUUAUGUGUCGAAUUAGUGUUUAUUCUGAUUUCUGAUCAUCAACUUAAUAAUUUACAAAAUAUAUUUGGAAAUGAGUUAAGUUAGGAAAAUUCUGUCAUUAAUGGGAUAAUAGACUAUCUAUUAACUUAUUUAGAACCAGGGCAGAUGUUAGAACCGGAAAAAUUAAUCAUUUAUGGUUCAAUUAAUAAAUCGUUAUUGAAUCAUAGGUUAAUUGUUGAUAGAAACAUACUUGUGCUAUAAUAUAAGAAAAUAUAAUACAUAAUUUAGGGCUGUAUUUAUCAAUAGCAUGAAACAAUUUCAAAUCCAUUUAAUUCAAUCUUUCAAACUUCUAACAAAUCCUUCAAACUAUCUCACAAAAUAAAUCAUAUUUUUUUAUUAAAUUCAAGUUAGUAUUUAGGAUGGAAAACAAUAGUUGAUCACAUAAAGUUGGCAAGGAAACUGCGGAGCUAAGAAAAUGAAGCAGAAAUAAAAUUAAUGAUUUGGGUUGGAUGGUCUUAGUUUAGAAUUUGCAUUAAGAAAAUGAGAUAAUUUGGAUGGUUAAUUAUCUCAUUUUACAAAACGAGUCAUUUAAAACAAGUCAAUUCGAAUUGUUUGCCCCAUCCCAGACAAUUGGAAUUGCCUCAAAACGAGUCAAUCUAGCCAAAUUGAUCCGUUAAAAUUCCUCAGCCAAAUGACCACUAAAGUAUUUUUUUUCGUAAUUGUUUUGUUGUUAAAAGACCGAACCAGUGUACUAGUAAACCAAGGUGGUUCAUCUGGGUUCUUUUGAAAUUGUCAAAUAUCAUUCGGUCCAUUCCUAACCAUCCAAAUAAACGAACCAAACUGCUAUUGUAAUUGAUUUGAUAUUUUUAAAUGAUCCAUCCACUAAUCCGAUUUGAUUCUUACCACAAUAAUAAUAAAUAAACGAAAUAUCUAUUUUCAGUUCAUAUUUUAUCAUUUAUAAAAACAAUCAAAUUUAGCAAAUAAAUGUAACAUCGGGGUAUGGUACACUAUGGUACAUGCAUUUUGUUGUUCAACUAACAUCAUCAAUGCUAGAAUUCUAUGCAGUGGCGGACUCAUGAUUAUUGGAUAGGUGUGUCGACAAAUAAAAAGUAAUUAAUUAAAAAAUUAACACAAAAUUUUGAUUAAUAAACUUUACAAUUUCAUGUUUUUUUAUUGAACCACUACGAAUUUUAAGGUUUCUUAAUUAAUUAUAUUUGUGGUUGUGUUACAAAUCAAACAUUUUUAUCUAUGCAAAUCACCGAUCGAGUAAUAAAGAGAAGUAUAUUAUCGCGCCACAUAAAUCAUACAAAUUUAUAUUUUAUGAAUAAAAUUAAGCAACUGAAAAGAAAAAAGUGUUUUGUAUAAAUUAAAUGUAACGCAAUAACUAAACUAGAAAACAAGUUGGAAAUUAACUAUUAGAAAAUUUGACGAAAAGAUGAUAUGGGGAAAGACGACAUGGAAUUCACUAUCAAAUUACAUGACUCAACUGUUUUAUUAAUCAAUUUAAUUCUCAUUCGAAUGAUUGAUGUUAUCUCUGGGGUGAUAGUUAUCUAUCUAAAUACUUAUUAUGUACUAAGUAGCCAUUUAUUUGUUUACUCUCAUAUAACUAACUAAUUAAAUGCCUAAUUUGAAAGCUAAUUACUCCUAUAUUUAUAUAUUUUAAUAACUUAAAGACAACAAUUUUUUUGUAACAUAAUAAAGAUGUGUCGGUUACUAUUUUCGAAGGUGCGUUGGAAGUCUCGUGUUUGAAUUUUCUAUACCGUCAAAAUAUAGAUCUCUCACACAAAUUUCAGACGGAGGUGUGUCGCUUGACACACCACCUCAUAAGGUGGGUCCGCCCCUGAUACUAUGUAAGUUUUGGGGUGUUAUGAAAUACUAAGGAUUAAUCAUACGGUUUAUAUUUUGCUCUAUCACAAGUAGGGUGAAGAAACAUUUGAUUCAUAUCGUACUCGAUCAAUAUUCGAAUCAAAUAGAUUCACAUUGAAUACAUUUUGAUAUCGUAAACUAUGUUAAGCAUGAAAAAAAUAGGUCAUUCGACCAGACCAAAUCGAAUCAAAUAUAUUUAUAAUUGGAUUAUCAUCCUCAUUUCUGUCUUUUAGUUCAAUUCAAUGCUACCCCAAUACAAUAUAUCUUUACGCACAUAAAUAUUCUAGAUGACAAUUACGUAGCUAGUUAGUGGUAAAUAGAUCAUCAACAGAUUGAGGGUGAUACCUUUUGAUGAAACACGGCAAAUGUAAAAGUCUUAUAGAACAAGGGAUUGACCCCAGCAGCCUAGUGAAGGCAAAGUACAACAUACCGGCAGCCCCCAUGAUUUGAAACCUAUUCCAUGCAGACAUACUCCUUUUCUUUUUCCCUUUUUUUUUUUUUUUUUUUUUUUUUUUUUCCUUUUAGCCCUUUUCCUCUCCUCUACUAUAAAUUAAUUAUGCCCCUCUGACUCCAAGAACUUCAUUACAUUACUACUACUCUUUACCCUUCCUUCCUUCAUUUCCCUUUCCCCAUCCCCUCGGCCCGGCCCACGCUGCAGCUCACUCACUCACUAACUUCCCCUUUUUCCAUUUCACCCUCCCUAUCUUUUUCCCUUUUUCAGGGCGUCCCCUCUGAUUCUGCUUCUUCUUCUUCUUCUUCUCCUUCUUCGCAUCUUUUUCCAUUCCAUUAUGAGCUUCUUUCUCUCUCUCUCUCUCUCUCUCUCUGUCUCUGCUGCAUUAAUUCAUAGAUAGAUAGAAUAUUGUACUGCUAUAUAGCUAUCUAGCUAGAGCCAGCUUUAGUUUGGUACCUGCACGACCCCGCACUGUAUUCCUAUCUAGCUACCGAGGAAAGGAAUCUCAUCAUCAAGAGCUAGCUAGCGAGAAUCAUGCGAGAAGCAGCAGCUGGAGGAGGGGAUCCUGUGAAUCUAUCGGUGAAUGGGCAGUCACAGGUCCCCCCUGGCUUUAGAUUCCAUCCCACCGAGGAAGAGCUCCUCCAUUACUACCUCCGCAAGAAGGUCGCCUCCGACCAGAUCGACCUCGACGUCAUCCGCGAGGUCGAUCUCAACAAGCUCGAGCCCUGGGACAUCCAAGAGAGGUGCAAGAUAGGGUCGACGCCGCAGAACGACUGGUACUUCUUCAGCCACAAGGACAAGAAAUACCCGACCGGCACCCGAACCAACCGGGCCACGGCCGCCGGGUUCUGGAAAGCCACGGGGAGGGACAAGAUCAUAUACAGCAGCUACAAGAGGAUCGGGCUGAGGAAGACGCUGGUUUUCUACAAGGGCCGAGCCCCUCACGGCCAGAAAUCCGACUGGAUCAUGCACGAGUACCGCCUCGACGACGCCGCUUCGCCAGACACCACCACCACCACGCUCAUCACCUCUUCCCCCGGAUUGAGUAACUAUAUACUUGGAGGAGACCAAGGAGGCUCCGAAGAAGGGUGGGUGGUUUGUCGGGUGUUCAGGAAGAAGAACUAUCAGAAGAGCCUGGAGAGUCCCAGAUCAGGAUCCUCCACCAACAACUCCAUCCUUCACCAUCACCAUCGCCACAACCCGGCGGAUUCGAAAUCACACGUCAUCGUGACGUCAUCUCCCGCCGCCAGCUACCUCCAUGGCACAGCUACAACUGUUGCCAGUGGCGACGACGACAAUGGAGUUCUGGAUCAAAUACUCUUGUACAUGGGCAAGCAGCAGCAGCAGCAGCGCGAUACCGACUGCAAGGCAGAGAUCAACUACGACAACUCGUUCGGUGACUUCAACAACCGCAGCAUGAGAGCAAAUGAACACUUGCAGGACAGGUUCAUUCAUCUCCCACGGCUGGUCGCCGAUCAGGAAAACCAACACCACCACCAGCAUCAUCAGCAGCAACACCAAGACAAUUGUUUCAGUACAACUACGAGCAGUAUUGGCUACCAGCAGCAGCAGCAAUCAUUCGGGGAGGAGGCGAUGGUGACAGUGACCACGGAGAAUAAUAUUAUUAAUAUUCACAACAACAACAACCAUAAAUAUUUUAAUAUGAAUAAUAAUGAAGCUUCCUGCACCAACCAAGGCACCGGCUUUGAUGUGACAGCUUCGGGUAACGACAACAAACCAGGAGGAGGAGGAGGGGUGAUAAAUGACUGGGUUGCCCUCGACCGCCUCGUCGCCUCCCAGCUCAACGGCCACCUCCACGACGAGGUUGACCUGCUAAACGACGACGGAGACGACGACAUGAUCGACGACCACGACGACAGUACUGGUGGUGGUCAUCAUCAUGACGCAGCAGCAGCGCGGCAGCACCACCACCAUCCGAUGUGCCACGGUGGCGGCAGCAUCGACGACGGCAAUGAUCUCUGGACCAGCUUCACCACCAACACCAAGUCCGCGUCUUCUCCCUCAUCAUCAUCACACCCAUUAUGCCACUUGUCGGUUUAAUACCCUGCCGUAAUCAUCAUCAUCAUUCCUAGCCCUUGCUACUACUACUCUAUUACAUGUAACAUGCAUAUAGAUACAAAAAAGGAUCCAUAUCGUAUCAUCAGCUCCACAUGCAGAAAAAAAAAAACUAUACCCCAAAAACCUCUCAUUACAGUUUACAGUACCGUGAGUUUAGGUAAUCAUUAGGGUUGUCUAGUGAAGUCGUCGAGGUGUUUGCUUUUUUUUAUAAAAAAAAAACCUUUUAUUUUCUACUUUUUUUUGUUGUUGUUGUUGUUGUUGGGUUUGUUGAGGUGGCUACUAUAGGGUUCGAUGUACGGUAUUGUUAUCAUAUACACGUGUAUGUAUACGAUUAAUGAUUGAUAGUGGUGUAGCAGCUGCAUGCAUGUAUUUCAUAAAUAAAGAAACAGAAUCCGGUGGUGAAAAUGAAAUAUUGUUUGUGCCUUGCCUUUCCCAACUUAUUGCUUUCUGAUCUGAAACGGACGUCCUAUCUUGUUUCGAUAUUUGUCAACGAGAUACUCCCUCCUCUUUUUGAAAAAGAUGUGACGUAUCUGCAGACGGACGGACGGACGGCCGACCUGCUGCUAGCUUCUUUAUUUUAUUCCACUAAAUCCCACCGGCUGGAUGUGCGAUCUAGCUAGGCAUUGGUUAAUAUGGGUCUACUGAUUAGCGUUGAAUAUAUUGAUUUAUCUAUCGUCAUAUAUAUAUAUACAGUAAAGAGUUUGCUUCUAUUAAUUGGAGCCGCCGGCCGGCCGGUAGCAUGUAUUUUCUAAUCACACUUUGUUGCCGGUCGGUCAGGAUUCCAUCACCCUGCCUUAUGUGUCUAUCUUGGACUAAAGGAAAUGUGAAUGUUAUUAUCAUAUAAUGCCCACAUUUAGCGUCGGGCCAAAACCCUAAAAAGAGGGAAAGAUAGCAUGACUUGAUCUAUGUCUCCCACGGCUAACGUGGGUCAUUGGUUUUGAUAAAAUGUUUGUGGAAACGAGAGAAAGAUCCAACGUACCACAUGGGCUAUAUUUUACCUGCACCAAACAAAACCCAAGAUUGAUAACACGCAACGUAAUUGAAGCGAUCAAUAAAAUCAAUCGAAUUAUUAGUAAUUUAGAUAAAAAAUUUUAAAUAAUAAUCGAUUUUGGACAUGAUUUUAAUGAGGGAUAUGCUAAUUCAAGUAGACAUUGACACAUAUAUGACUAGCUAGGAUUCCUAAAGCUUAACAUGACCAAAAUUGUUUAAGAGCCCAACGUAACUAGCAUAUAUAUGAUGGAAUCCUGGCCUUCUCAUUCAUAAUUCUCAAUGAAGAAACAUUUAAGAGGACUUCCAUCGCACCUUUCAUUUGGAUCUAUAAUUUAGACUAACAAAAACAAGCAAUAUGGACCAAAACUUUGACCUACUUACAAAUCAAAUUAAUGGCAACCUUAUAUUUUUUCCCUAUGGUUAUGACAGAAUGUAGGUAUUUCUAUUUUUCAUUCCCAAUCUAAAACAUUUUACAGACCGCCAAAAAAUGACGGGAAACUGAAGUAUAAACCUUAGUCGCAUAC